AGACAUUACUUUACGGUAAGUGUCCAGUAGUAGCAGCAUGGCGACUGCAGCAGACAGCGGAGAUGGAGCUUCAUAUGAAAGUGAUGAUAAAUGUAAAGAAGUUCGAGAUGAUAAACCAGCACCGAGCCAGAGUUCAUCUAACGAACAGAAUACAGAACAGAAACCGGUGUGUCUCAUAGUUCUAGGCAUGGCAGGGUCAGGAAAAACAACUUUUGUGCAGAGGCUCACAGCUUACCUGCACUCCAAGAAAACUCCUCCAUAUGUCAUCAAUCUUGAUCCUGCAGUUCAUGAGGUCCCCUUUCCAGCCAACAUUGAUAUCAGAGACACCGUCAAUUACAAGGAAGUCAUGAAACAAUAUGGUUUAGGUCCAAAUGGAGGAAUUGUCACAUCUUUGAAUCUGUUUGCAACACGAUUUGAUCAGGUCAUGAAGUUUAUUGAGAAAAAGCAAAGUAAUCACCAGCAUGUUUUGAUUGACACUCCUGGACAAAUAGAGGUGUUCACAUGGUCGGCAUCUGGAACUAUUAUAACUGAAGCUCUGGCCUCUUCUUUUCCCUGUGUGGUCAUUUAUGUGAUGGACACGUCUCGAAGUGUGAAUCCGGUCACCUUCAUGUCCAACAUGUUGUACGCCUGCAGCAUUCUCUACAAGACCAAGCUACCAUUCAUAGUCGCCAUGAACAAGACUGACAUCAUAGAUCACAGUUUUGCGGUGGAGUGGAUGAAGGACUUCGAGGUCUUUCAGGAUGCUUUGAAUCAGGAGACUUCUUAUGUUAGUAACCUGACCCGCUCCAUGAGUCUCGUCCUGGAUGAGUUCUACACCAACCUGAGGGUUGUCGGUGUGUCUGCAGUCACGGGUUCUGGGCUUGAUGAACUGUUCGUACAGGUUGCAGAUGCUGCUAAAGAGUAUGAAACCGAGUAUCGCCCUGAAUAUGAACGACUGCACAGAGAGCUGUCUGAAGCUCAGAGUAAGAAACAACAGGAGCAGUUGGAACGCCUUCGGAAAGACAUGGGAGCAGUUCCCAUGGAAACUGCAGUUCCUACCGAAGCCACAGAUCUUGGUGGGCCUAGUAACCUCAUCUUUAACCGCGGCAACCCAGAUGAAGUUGAGGAAGACAUAGACAGUGAUACUGAUGAUAUCGAUCACACAGUCACAGAAGAAAGUAAAGAGGCUGGUGCUUUCGGGAACUUUCUGAAGGAGAGAAGAGAAGUAGUGCAGGUGCGCAACAGGAAGUCAGAGUGAGGGCAGGAAAUGGUCAUCAUGUAUGUAUACCGUUCGGUCAUACAUUUGAGUUUGACCCUUGAACUUUGACGUAUCCACUGUCUUAACUUUGGAAGACUCCAAAAUAGAUUUUGGUGGCUAAUAUGAACUGUUUUCAGUGAAACUGCAGCUGCUUUAGCUGCCUGCAAGCCUGCUCUGAGAUUUCAGAAUUGCAAAUGAGUAAAUUUGUAUUAGAAUGUAAAAGCAGUUGCAUCACGCACGGGUCAAGAACUGCAUUAGUUCAAAUCCAAGCAUCAGCAUAUUUUGGAGUUGGAUGUCUUGUGUCUCCCCUGAGCAUGUCAUUGCACACAGAAAAUAAUAUGUGGUUUUUCUUUUGCAUAAUAUAUUUAUGUAUAUCCUACAAUUCUACAAAGUCUGUUAAUAAAAACUAGUUUUCCUAACAACCUAGAACAGAAGCCAAAAUCUGCAGUUUCUCUUUUAAGGAAUAGACUCUUAUACCUAUAAAGUUUGUGUUUCUGUUAUGGUAAAUAAAAUAUUUUUAUACAUACAAUAUACAAAA